UCCUCCGUGCGAGGGCCGGGGCGGGCGCGGGCGGGACCCAGCCCCGCCGCCCGCCGCACUUUUGUGGUGCCGCCGCCGCCGCGGGCUCCCCUUUCUCGGCGGGGCUGGCCGCGGGGCGGGCGAUGCUCCGCGCUCUCUGAGCCGCCGCACCGCGUCCGUCGUCCGUCCCUCCGUCCGUCCCCGCGGAGGCCGCGCAGGAUGCCGCGGAGGGGCGCGGAGGCGGCGCUGGCCCUGCUGCUGGCGGCGGUGUGGCUCGUGCAGCCCCUGCGCGGCGGCUACCACGGCGGGAGCAUGUUCGCCGUGCAGACGGGCCAGCCCGAUCCCUGCUACGACGAGCACGGGCUGCCCCGCCGGUGCAUCCCCGACUUCGUCAACUCGGCCUUUGGGAAGGAGGUGAAGGUGUCGAGCACCUGCGGGAAGCCGCCGUCGCGGUACUGUGUGGUGACGGAGAAGGGCGAGGAGCAGGUCCGCUCCUGCCACCUCUGCAAUGCCUCCGACCCCAAGCGCGCCCACCCGCCCUCCUUCCUCACCGACCUCAACAACCCGCACAACCUGACCUGCUGGCAGUCCGACAGCUACGUCCAGUACCCCCACAACGUCACCCUCACUCUCUCCCUGGGCAAGAAAUUCGAGGUGACCUACGUCAGCCUGCAGUUCUGCUCACCGCGCCCCGAGUCCAUGGCCAUCCACAAGUCCAUGGACUACGGCAAGACCUGGGUGCCCUUCCAGUUCUACUCCACGCAGUGCCGCAAGAUGUACAACAAGCCGAACCGCGCCGCCAUCACGAAGCAGAACGAGCAGGAGGCGGUCUGCACCGACUCGCACACCGACGUGCGGCCCCUCUCCGGCGGCCUCAUCGCCUUCAGCACCCUGGACGGCCGCCCCACGGCCCACGACUUCGACAACUCGCCAGUGCUGCAGGACUGGGUGACAGCCACCGACAUCAGGGUGACCUUCAGCCGCCUCCACACCUUCGGCGACGAGAGCGAGGAUGACUCCGAACUGGCCCGCGACUCGUACUUCUACGCCGUCUCCGACUUGCAGGUCGGCGGGCGAUGCAAGUGCAACGGCCACGCAUCGCGGUGCGUCCGUGACCGCGAUGACAGCUUGGUGUGCGACUGCAAGCACAACACGGCCGGCCCCGAGUGCGACCGCUGCAAGCCCUUCCACUACGACCGGCCCUGGCAGCGAGCGACGGCCCGGGAGGCCAACGAGUGUGUGGCCUGCAACUGCAACCUGCACGCCCGACGAUGCCGCUUCAACAUGGAGCUCUACAAGCUGUCAGGGCGCAAGAGCGGCGGCGUGUGCCUCAACUGCCGGCACAACACUGCUGGGCGGCACUGCCAUUACUGCAAGGAGGGCUUCUACCGGGACCUCAGCAAGCCCAUCUCCCACCGCAAGGCCUGCAAAGAGUGCGAUUGCCAUCCCGUGGGUGCCGCCGGCCAAACCUGUAACCAAACCACAGGCCAAUGUCCCUGUAAAGACGGUGUCACCGGCAUCACGUGCAAUCGAUGCGCCAAAGGCUACCAGCAAAGCCGGUCUCCCAUUGCCCCCUGCAUAAAGAUCCCCGCCGCUCCCCCCACCACAGCCGCCAGCAGCACAGAGGAGCCUGCAGAUUGUGACUCAUACUGCAAAGCCUCCAAGGGGAAACUGAAGAUCAACAUGAAGAAGUACUGUAAGAAAGACUAUGCUGUCCAGAUCCACAUCCUGAAAGCGGAAAAAAAUGCCGACUGGUGGAAGUUCACGGUCAACAUCAUCUCCGUCUACAAACAAGGGAGCAACCGGAUACGGCGUGGAGACCAGACCCUGUGGAUCCACUCCAAGGACAUAGCGUGCAAGUGCCCCAAAAUCAAGCCCAUGAAGAAGUAUUUGCUGCUGGGCAACAACGAGGACUCUCCUGACCAGAGCGGCAUCAUUGCAGACAAAACCAGCCUGGUGAUACAGUGGCGGGAUACGUGGGCUCGGCGGCUCAGGAAGUUCCAGCAGCGGGAGAAGAAGGGGAAGUGUAAGAAAGCCUAAAGGAGGAGAAGGUGACGGGAGCGCGCGAGAGGGAGAGACUGACUGUGCAUGCUGCUUUGUGUAGAGCUGGGGCGGGCAGGGGCUGGCAAUGGGGCGGCGGGAGGAAGGUCGCGCUGUCGGGGCAGGCUGGGGGGGACGGGAGGGAUGCAAAGGGCCAGGGGCUGCCAGGCUUGCACCUCGUAUUCCAGGAGAAAUCAAAACCCACAACAACAAAGGAUCUCACCCAUGGAUACACAAGAGGCUGCGGCUGCGGGCGUGCAGCACCCAGUGCCCUCAGCCUCAGUCUGUCCUGUUGCCUGAAGAAAUCAGAGACACCAAACUGCCUUCCAGCUGCUAACAUCUGCUGCUUCCAAAGCUCAGCAUGGGAACAUCAAACCUGUAAGAAACUAAUCAACGGCCACACUGGAAAUUAACUCCCCAUCCCCCAAAAAACGUAUUCUCAGCUUAGGUUGAAGAAGACAGUUGUUGCAGAGGAAACUAAAGAGAGACUUAUCGCUGAGGACAGACCUGAGGAUUGACUGAUGGGUUAUUUGAACACUCCUUGGUAUCUGAGAGCCGUAACAAUCACCUGCUCUAUGGAACCUCGGAGCAGCUGAGGUCUCCAGCUGUGGCGAUGCUCCAAUCCCAGGUUAGGCACAGCAACAAGGGCUGGGCAAUCUCCACGUGGGCCUAACUUGGGGAGUAACUCCUUGGCUCCAGCCCCACACCCUGAGGAGUGCUGCCCCCACCACGCCAAAGGAGCGUGAGCCCACGGGAUGCCCUGGCCCCCUCCCAGCCACCAAUCCACAGUCGAGGAGUUAAUAACCAGGAUCCCCAAGGAAACAACCAGACUUUGCAAAAGUUCCUGUUCCCAUUGGUGCUCUGGAAGACCUUGCCCAUCGCAGUCCCCGCGUCCUCCUUCGUGGCCCAAGUCCUCAUCCACCCCUGAGACUUCCUUCACGGGCUUGGUCCUCUCUUGCUGCUGUCACCAGACCGAUGAACCCUCAGAUGACAGAAAAUCCAUGCAGAUGACACUGGUUUCACUUGCAAACUCAGCAAGCUCUCCUGAACCCAUCAGCUCUGCCCUCACUCCCUCUGGAGCUGCAGCUCCCCAGCAUCCCUGCAUAAGGUGGCCAGCCCCCUUGGGAGACUAAGGAAGUGGGACGGGUGCCAAGGGACUGUCCCUAUAGAGCACAGAGCUCUAAGGCUUGGCCAGGUUACAGCAGAGACCUGCCCCAAGGGAAGGGGUCUCAGCCAGGCACUGGAUGUGACCCACCUGGAGCUACCCAUUGGCUCUUUCUGCUGGGGGUGAAAACCAGCAGAUCUGAAUUUCCCAAUCUCUCCUCACUAAUGCACUAAGCAAGACAGGGCACACCUCACCUCCAUCUCACACCUCAUGCCCCAGCCUGAGGGCUGGAGCAUCUUUGCCCGGGGCACUCUACAGGCAGGACAGGCUGUUGUUUGUCACCCAGAUGCUGUGCCCCUGUGCCAGGCUGCUCCCCUGCCACACCAGCCCAUGAGGAAUGGGGUGCCUGAGCAUACCUGCUCAAUGGAGAUAGGCAACAACCAGGGCAGAAAGGCAGGGAGGGCAAGGCGGGUACCUGGAGGAGAAGCGAACACUAGUUGCUACGAAAGGCAAAACCUCCCUGAUAUUUCUCCUUUUAGGAAACUUGGAAACAUCUAUUUUAUGACAUUUUCCAGUGGUUUUGCCUUGUUUUAUAGCAAUUGACAAUAUUUAUAUAAUGACAUAAACCACCAUAAAGUGAGGCAGCCAUGUAAAUAGGUGUAAAGUGGAGGGCUCCUGGGGAAGCACCAGCCAAUGCCAGGCUGCUGGAGACACCACCCGGAGGCAGCAAGCUCUGCUGCAGCCACAAGCCCCCUCCGAAAUCGGUUUGGAUAUUAGCAGAGAAAUCCCACCCUGGCCAUCAAGCAACCCCCCUACAGGUCCAUAUUCUCUCCCCUUAUCCAGAGCAGGCUCAGUUUUCCUUCCUUCAGAGCUCAAGGAGAACCAACAGUUUUGCUGUCAAGGGAACCCAAGCCACUGAGUUUUGAAAGAUGAAAUCUGACCCAAAAUGUCUAAAUGGAGGCUUUAAGCCCCAAAGGGGGUUUGGGUGCUCUGCCGUGGCGAGCAUCAACUGAUGCCAUGGACACCUCGCGCCAGCUGGAGACAGCUUGUCCUUGGUCAGCCGGGAUGCCUUUGAACCAUGGGAGAUCUUCAAAUGGCCUAAAAGCAACCAGAUCCAACCCAUUGGGAGAGAAGGAAGGCAAAGCCAAGGGACAGAGGAACUUGAGAAAUGCCCUUUGAGCAUGCCUGGACAUCCAAUGCUUACUCCCAUUUUCCAACCUUGGCAAGCACAGCCAUCCUCCCCAGCUCAGCCUUGACACCACCCAAAUCCACCCAGGGACAAGCCUCUGUCCCUUCCCCAGUCCCACUAGUUUGGGAGGCUGCAGAAGAAACAUCGCCCCCGCCAUGGCCGGACCCCUCCAAGCACCGACACAACCUGGGAAAUCAGAAGGAAAUGGAAUUUGCACAAGACACAAAACAACUCAGAGCCCACCACGGCCAGAGUCACCCACAGAAGCGAGGUCCCCAUCGCUGUCCCACCAGGACUCCAUCCCUUGAUCCCUGCUGGAGUUCUGUGCUUUUCAACCAGAAUAGAGAAGCUCCUUCACUCUGCCCACGGUCCCCCAGUGCCCCUCACAUGCUCCUAGUAACCUCGACCUGCAGAGCUGCUGGUGUAACUGGUGCAUAGCCCAUCCCCUCUGGGGGAGGCACAGCAGCCCCUGUUUUGGGGUGUCUGGGGAUACAAUUCUUCCCUGCAGCCACCCCUGCUCCCGCGGAGACACCUCUGUCCAGUCUCCCAAAGAGGGACCAGAUGUCAAUCCCUGAACAUCAACCCCCGCGCCCGGGGGUGCAGCUCUGUUGGGUACCAACCGCACCACAACCAACCGCUCAGCGCCCAGCCAUUGCCCUGGGACAGGACCGAAGUCCUCGGGAGGUGGAGGGGGUGGCCGGGGAGGGGCUGUGGUGCCUCAGCGUGGCUUUGGAGAGCAGCUGAAAUGCCAAAACAAUCAUCACUCGCCGGUAGCACCCGACAGACGUGGUUUCGUCUCGUUUCUGUUCGUUCCGUGUCCGUGCCCUCUCCCUGCCACCGCCUCCUCUCCCCUCUCAAAGCCCCUGUUCCUGGUUUGUUGUUUUGGUUUGUUUUUUUAUUAUUUCUGUUAAUAUCUUGAACUGUAAAUGUUGUUUAGUUCUGACCAUUGCACACUGCUUUGGGCGAUGUUUCUUUACAAUGCAUACUAAUAUAUUAUGGUUAUUAUAUAUGAAUAUAUUUAAUGACACGUGAAAAAGUUGUGGAUUUUCUUAUUGUUUUUCCAAGUUGUUUCUUUUUUUUCUUUUUUUCCCUUUUAUGUUUGUUUCCCUUUUUGGUUGUUUGUUUUAUUAGAUUGGCUGUAAUUGAACCCGAAGGAGCUUGUAACUCUUCAGCACCCACUUGGUAGAACUAAAGUCAGAAACCAGUUGAAUAAACUCUUGUAAACUGUAAAAAUC